UCUUUCGCCAUCGAUUCCCCCUUUUUAAUCGACGUUUCAGCUCGAAAUCUCCUCAGUCCUUCACAAAAAUGGCGACUCAAUUGUGGGAGGCUCUGAGAGAAUCCAUCUUCGCUUACACAGGCCUGUCGCCGGCUGCUUUCUUCACAGCCAUUGCUGCAGGACUCGCUCUGUACCACGUGUGCUCGAAUUGGCUGUCGCCUUCGGCGGCUUACGAAGUGGAGCGCGACGGCGGAGAGGAGGAGGAGCAGUCAGUGCCUCUGCCGCCUCCGGUAGAGGUCGGAGAAAUCACCGGCGAGGAGCUGAAACAGUACGAUGGAACUGAUCCGAAUAAGCCUCUGCUCAUGGCUAUCAAGGGCCAGAUCUACGAUAUCUCUCAAAGCAGGAUGUUUUACGGACCAGGCGGACCGUACGCUCUAUUUGCAGGAAAGGAUGCGAGCCGAGCUCUUGCGAAGAUGUCUUUCGACGACAAAGAUCUGAACGGCGAUCUUACAGGCCUCGGCGCUUUUGAACUCGAAGCAUUACAGGAUUGGGAAUACAAAUUCAUGAGCAAAUAUGUAAAAGUUGGGACUGUCAAGAACGAUCGCAAUCGAUCGACAGAGACUUCUGAGGCUGUCGAAAAUGGCAAUGCCGAUGUCCGAAAGCCGGAAGAAGAGCUGACAAAACAAUCAAUAGUCGAUGACAAAAAUAAAGCUUAGAUUCUUAUUCGCCUUGUAAUAAAUACACGAACUUAAAAAAAAAUGUAUUAAUAUAAUACAAAGACUAAAUAAAAAUAGAUCUUCAAUGUA